GCCAUGCCCUGUGCUUAAAUGCGCCGAUAUGUGCGUGUGGUGAGCAGUUACCGGACCCUGUGGAACAUGGCCAUACAUGGCGCCUGAGACGCUCCUGCUGCCUUUCGUGACAUGCGCAGCAGACAUGUGGUCCCUGGGCUGCGUGAUUGUAGAGAUUCUCCUCGGCUGCAGACUCUUCAUCGGCAACUACAAGGAUUUCCUUGGCCGAGCCAUCAAGAUCUUGGGUCUCCCACCAAUGUCAAUGAUCUUGACAGAUUUCAACUGGACCAUUACCAUGGACAAGAAUGGGUGCCCAAUUGUCAACGGCAAGGUCAUUGUCCCGAGCAGUUUACCCCUGGAGUCGCUGCUGGAUACUUAUGACAAGGAGUUACUCAACUUCCUUCGCGGCUGCCUUGAGUGGGACCCCGCACUCCGGCUCACACCGGAGCAGGCCUUGGAGCACGACUGGGUGAGGGGCAGCGAGAAGGCGCAGGGCAGCGCUGCAGUGCCAAGCGUCGACGUUCCCCUUGGCCAGGCAGCGGCCCCACAGGCACUCAACGCGGACCCACAGGCACUCAACGCGGGCCCACAGGCACUCAACGCGGACCCACAGGCACUCAACGCAGACCCACAGGCACUCAACGCAGACCCACAGGCACUCAACGCGGACCCACAGGCACUCAACGCGGACCCACAGGCACUCAACGCGGACCCACAGGCACUCAACGCAGACCCACAGGCACUCAACGCGGACCCACAGGCACUCAACGCGGACCCAGCCCCAGCAGAGUCACAACUGUCGGACGACAACUCUCAGUCCCAUGGGAUCCCGGAAUCCGUGCCUCCCGAGGGAUGCAGUGUUGAAGAAUUUGUGACAGUCAGGAGCCAACAGUGAGUCUCCCCAUGCAAGCGCAUGAUUAAGGAUGUUUUUGUUGGUUGUGCUAUCGUUAAGCCACAACCAAGUGUGUACCUGUUUAAAUGAGCAUUAGGCAAUUUUCACCUCCGUCAUUAAGCCUAACCCACUGGUGGAAAUUCCACGUACAGUAAAACCUUGGAUUGCGAGUGACUUGGUCUGCGAGUGUAUUACAAGACGAGCAAAACUUUUAAAGUGAAUAUUAAUUUGAUAAACGAGCGAGGUCUUGCAAUACGAGUAGUAGUACGUAUACGCUU